AUGGCAGCGCUUCUAGAGAAGCUUAAUGGAGCAUUCGUCGCAGAUCCGGCCAUCGACGAGUAUGCAUUCGUGCCGGCCGCAACACCCCAACUUUUUUCGCCCGGCGCAGAUGGACAGCAGGAUCUUGGCUGCGUACAUGCGGAGCACAAGCUUGCUAUCUCCAUCGAGGCAGCAUUGGCCCUGUACUUACAUGCUUAUCAGGUGUCAAGGCAUGCAGCGAGCGGCUACUCGGAAAACUCAGCAGACACGGUUCAGAUACGGCGGAUCCACGAAAGCUCAAGGGCCAUUCUGCUUUGCAGCGCGGACUGCUCCGGUGCAUGGAACGCAUGGAACCGGACGCGAAGUUCAAGCCUUUCCCCGAAGGCGGGUUUGCUCUUCAGCGCGCUGCUGUUGAGAACGAACCAUAAAAGCGGUGAGACUUGGGCACAGCGGCGCAAGCUCUUGGCUUCUGUGCUUCGGUCUGUGUCGCAGGACGAGCAGCAGACGCUGCUGUGCGAGGAGUUGACGCUUUUGGAGGAGCUCGCCAGAAGAUACGACCACCACUACUAUGCCUGGAACCACUGGGCAUGGUUAAAUCGCUUCGUCGCGGAGUCUCCGGGAGCCGCGUCAAUGCUAGACAAGAAGUUCCCAAAGUUGGCCUUCCAGACACCGUCCCACUACGGUCUUUUCCAUCAUCGGCUUGUCCGACUACAGCGGCAGCUAAGUAAGCGGCCAGUGGAAGAAACCUCCUUCAAUGAGGAAUGGCAACUGGCAGGCGAAUUGUUGGCUACCUUUCCACAUCUCGAGGCGCCUUGGGCUUUCCGGGGGCAAUUGAUGAGCCUCAUGCUGGAGUACCAGGCUGACACAAGUCCAGACGAUGUCGCUGCCGCGUGGAGAUCCGAGGUCGCCUUCGCAUCAAGGCAUGUUCAGUCAUCACCUCCCAUCAACAGGCUUGCCAUGCAAUUCCAGGUCCUCAUUCUUCAGGAGCUUUGCCUUCACAUGAUGGGGACGGACAAGACCAUUCAGGAUCCCUCCCUGCUUGAUGAUGCCGAGUCUCUGAUGGAGAACUUGAAAGCAUCCCAGGCUGCUGCACCUGCUGUGCUUCUUGGCAUCACUGCGGACCUGGACGUUGCUGCAGAUGAGAUCAGGAAUGUUCACUUGGGCGGCGGAUGCGAGAAGCCAAGUGUCGGAACUGCUCGAGCCUUCGUGCAGAUCUCGCUAGCUGGCUCCCACCCAGGAUUUGGUUUGAUUAUUCUUCUUGCAGGGGCCGGUGGCGGCAUCCAGAACAGCUGGAAGCCCAACUUCAGGAAGCUGGCCAAGAUCGUCGUGGCAGGUCUCUUAGUGGCGGAAGUUGCGUGGUACCGGCAUGAGCCUGGCUCCCGCCAGAACAACUGGUGGGACUCCCACCCGCCCGGCCCUCGAGAUGGCAAGGAUCAGGGGUGGGCCCGAACAAAUGGGUAUGGCGAGCUCUGCGCUCAGUUUCCUGUUCGGAAGAUCGAAACCUCGUGCACACGGGUGCUUGUGACCUUGUCCUCCUUUGCUAACUUCCGCUUGGACUCGAUGCCCGAUCGCUUCAGCCGCUCUGAGAUCCAUGCCAUGGCACUAGCCCAGAACAUCGAGGCACUGCAGAUUUCUCUCACUUCCCUUUUGCUCAGCCUCACACUUGCUCCUGCUUCAGCCAGGAAUCGCAGAUAUUACGAGGAGGAUGAAGUGGAAGAGGAGGGAGAGCUUGAUGAUCAGCUCGUUUACGAGGGUGAUGAGUGGGUAUUCCGAAUGGAAAUGCCUGCCAUAUUUCACAGAUUCAUCGUUGGCUCACGGGCCAGAAAUAAGCAGAAGCUUGAGAUGGAGUCAGGAUGCAAAAUCGUGGUUCCAAAGCGUGAGGAGCUGGAAGAUGCCGUGUAUCUGAAAGCACGACAGAAGAGCAGCAUCUACAGCUGCAAGGCGCUCAUAGAGCUCCUUUGUGAGAAGGAGGAGGCCAAGCUGGAGUACACGCACUUCAUUUCGGUCCCGCUGGCCUAUGACGACAAGUUUCGGCAGCUCGUGGACGGUUUCCGGGAGGACGUUGUGCUGCAGCGUUUCCAGGGCAUAGAUGCUUCCAUCUUCAUGCCCUCCCAGCGCAUGCACUUCACCCUGUGCAUGCUGAAGCUGCACUCUCAUGCUCAAGUCGAUGAGAUGAAGGAGGCAUUGAAGGACCUGUCCGCUCGCCUCUCGGCAACGUCCGACUAUGCACGACCACUGAUGGCGCACAUGAAGGGCCUGCACAUUUUCACGGACGACCCUACCAGCGUCGGAGUGGUGUUCACGACGGAUCGAUCCCGGGAAUUACAGAAUCGCAUGAACUCCAUGGCCGACUCGAUGUUUGAGCUCUUCCAGGCGAGGAAUUUGGUCUCCUCCCAGAACUUGAUGUCACAGAGGCUUUUGUCCUCCGACGGCCAGCACGCUGAGGUCAAACUUCACGCUACCCUCAUGAACACGAAGUACGCACGGUCGAGAUUCGACGAUCGCUCAGCUCCGCGAGAGAACUUCGAUGCCAGUGUGCUCAUGGAGCGCUUCGGACAGGAAUAUGGCAUGGGGCAUGAUGGCAUGGCUGAUGCCUACUACCAAGACACACAUGUUCUAGAAGAUCUUUUUCCUGCCGGCCUGGUCCACUGGGCAUAUGAAGUUCAGGCAAGGCCGUGCAUCGACAUCCACAAUGGGCAGGUGAAGCAAAUCGUGGGUGGCACGUUGAAAGAUGACUCCAAGUCCCUCGUUACGAAUUUUGAGGCUUCUCAGCCAUCAAGCUGGUUCGCAGAACGAUACCGAGAUGACGGCUUGGGAGGUGGGCACGCAAUCAUGCUGGGUGCUUCGGAAGCAAACAAAGAGGCGCUCGCCGCACUGAAGGCGUACCCAGGCGGUUUACAGGUUGGUGGAGGAAUCAACGCAGAGAACGCAAUGGAGUUCAUUGAUGCAGGAGCUAGCCAUGUCAUCGUGACUUCUUACGUGUUCCAUGAUGGGAAGGUAGACAAGGAGAGGCUUGCAGCAUUGGUCGACAAAGUUGGCCGGGAGCGCCUGGUCCUCGACCUGAGCUGCAGACGGGUGCCAGAUGAGGACAAAGAGAAGAAGCCCGUGUACAAGGGAUCCAAGUAUACCUUUGCACUUGGCUUCUAUUGGAACUUUGUGAUGAUUAGCUGCUUUGCUUCCCCUCUUCUACUCGCCAUCGGCUGCUGGUAUUGUCCAUUGCUGUGCUUGCCAACGUUCGGCUAUGUUGUGUGGGCGCGCUUUCUCUCACAUGCCGAACUCGGUGACGGAGCGGCCUGGCCAUGGUUCUCCCGUCAGGAGUGGGGCUACCAUGCUUUCAGGCGAUACCUCCAGCUGCGUAUUCAUGUUCAUACUUCGCUGUACGAGCGUCCAGUCGACAAGCCUGUUGUGCUUGCGAUUCACCCGCAUGGUGUCGCAAGUGACUAUCGUAUCAUGCUCGAUGGCAUGCUUUACGAGGCACUGCCGCAUCGGAACGUUCUUACUUUGAGUGCUUCGGUGCUCUUCCAUCUGCCAAUGGGCCACAGCCUGAUGGUCAUUCCCGGCGGCGAGCACGAACAGAUUCGUACCGUCCAGGGCAAAGAAGAAGUGUACUUGUCCAAGAGGAUGGGGUUCAUCAAGAUCGCUUUGCAAGAGCGAGCAGCCGUAGCACCAUGCUAUGUCUUCGGGUGUGUAGACCUUUACAGGACCUUUACCGGCUUCAUGAAAGCACCUCGGGAAUGGCUUCGCAAAAGAUUUGGCAUUUGUAUUCCCCUGUACUACGGCGCUUUGGGUCUGCUGCCACUACGAUACCCGGUACACGUCGUCAUGGGAGCACCGAUUGAGUUCGAGUGUAAAGUCGCGGGAUGUCCAAGCGACGAAGAAGUGCAGGAAGCACAUGCGAAGUAUGUUGCUGCCCUGACCAAGCUGUACAACGAAGAAAGACAUCACUACGGAGAUCCGAAUCGUGAGUUGCUUGUGGUGACAGACCGCUGGCAAAAGUGGACUGAUUUGGAGGUCUCUGAGGAGACCCUCAAGGAGUUGGCCGAGCACUGCAGUGAGUUCCUCGUUCAUGGAGUUGACGUGGAAGGGCUGCAGAGUGGAAUCGAGGAGCCCCUUGUCCAGCUGCUGGCGGCGUCACCCGUUCCGGUGACGUACGCAGGUGGAGUUCGAUCCUUGGAAGACAUGGAAAGAAUUCGAACGCUAGGCCAUGGCCGGGUGGACGCGACCAUAGGCAGUGCCUUGGAUAUCUUCGGCGGCCAACUGGCCUACAAGGAGGUCCUUCGUUGGCACCGUGACCAAGAGCAAGUAGUCGACUUCGGCGCGGUGCAGCUGAAAGAAGUCCAACUUUCCUGCUUGGACGAGAUGGGAGACAACGGUUUCUACCGCUGCCUUGCAUCCAUACCGUUGAGCGGAGGCUAG